AUGCGGGAAUUGGUACUUUUCAUGGCGGCAACCUUUGCCAGCUCCGUGGCUGCCGUAAGUUUUCCAAUGAUGUAUCCAGUUGACUGUGAUUGCUCGGAGUAUGAAGUACUUCACACAACGCCACCAUGUUGCGAGGCGACGUGCGAAGUCGAUUGUUCUCGGGUGGUUUGUCCGAAAAUGUUAGUUUACCAACCAACCUGCGUGUGUCUGGAUGGUUUCGUGCGUCACGAAGGGAAUUGUAUACCGAAGUCGUGCUGCCCAGCGGUCCAGACACCGACUCCGUGCGAAACCACUACUCCGGCUCCAGCUCCUUGUGAGACAACAACUGUGCCCUGUGAAACAACGCCCGCUACGACGACACCUGCACCGACACCCUGUCCAACCACUACGCCUUGUCCGAUGACGACGAGUGCUCCACCAUGUCCUACUACAACGGCGCCUUAUUCCACAAAACCUCGUCCGAUGUACACCCCGAAACCUUGCGGUUACACGCCUCCCCCGUUGAAUUGUUCUUCACCGUCCUACGUACCUCCGCCACCAUCUCCUGUGUAUCAAACGAUUCCUCCAUACCGGUACUCUCCAAGGACCAAUCCUACACCAUGCCCAACGACAGCUCCACCAACGCCGUGUGAGACCACGACCCCAAAACCGUGUCCAACAACUACAACCACGACCACACUAUGUCCAACGACAACCACCACACCACCCCCAACGACAACCACCACCCCAUGCCCAACAUCUCCAACAACGUGCGCCGCCUGCGAACAACUAGUCUUCACGCAGCCCUGCUGUGAACCGUCCUGUGAUUUCGAUUGUUCCGACACCGCCUGCCCUCUCAUACUGGUGGAAGAACCGACGUGUGCCUGCCGGCCUGGUCUCGUGCGCUACCAGGGCCACUGCAUUGAGCCGUCCGCCUGUCCGAGAAGCGCCUCCCGGUAUCGUCUCUACGUUCCAUUGGCCGCACAAUGUUUGCAGUGCAACGGCGAGGUGUUGAGUGUCGCCUAG